AUGGUAUUUUACUGCAAAAUACGUGUUCUUUCAUUUUAUUAUGUUAUAUUACUUGUUUGCAGCGUAGUACACGUGCUCAACAAUCCUGAUAUUGACGAGGAGUUUAUUGAGCUGUAUGAUCUGCAGAUUUUGAGGGAAACAAUCUCUUCUUGUGUUUCAAAGCUAAACAUUCUGGAGGAACGAGUACACCAAAGCAGUGUAUUGAACCAGUUGCAUGGCUCAUUAAAUUAUCUACGAGCUUGUCUUAACACAGCAACCGAAUUGAUCACAUCCUAUGAGAGAACCAAUGAUCAUAGCUAUGUUAAUGAGCUAAUAGAUCUUUUCUUUACUUCGUACCAGAGUGACAACAACUUCCUUUUCAAAAAUACCAGUGACUUAGACAUCAUUACCAGCAGAGAUUUGAUCAAUAAAAUUGAGGCAACUGAAACAAUGAACAGCGUGGUAAUUAAGAUGGUGCAGAGGGGCAGAGGGAUGUACAAUGGAUUCUUAUCAGAGAUGUUUUUUAUAUCUUCUACUGUAAUCCAUAUGAUUAAGAGCGAGUUGAACAUUUUAGCACGUGUUUUAUACAAGCUGACAUUUUCAGAUGCGAAUAUAAACAUCGAUGAAGCUGUGAAAACUAGAUUAUAUCUUCGUGAAGAGUGUGUUAUCAAACUCUUAUUGAAGUUUCAUGGUGAAAAUGUGUAUAACGCACCAAAUAACACUUGCCAUAUGUGCCAUGCUACCGAUGAAAAUGAAUUUAUAUAUUUGAAGAGCGAUUGCAAUGCAAUCCUGUGCCACUUAUGUUUUAUAAAGAUGGCAUACAUUGGUAGAGAAGUAGAACGGUAG